AUGUAUAAACCCACAUCGCCUCGCAACCCUACAGACAGCGAAGCUGCAGCAGCAAAUGCAGCAGCAACUGCAGCAGCAGCAGCAACUGCUGCAGCAGCAGCUGGAACUGCUGCAGAAGCAGCACGAGACUCAGGACAGGCUACACUGGCAGAAACAGAAAUAGAAGCAGCAGCAGCAGCAGCAGCAGAAACAGCAGCAGCAGCAGCAGCUUCUGCUGCUUCAGUCAGCAGCACACCGGAGGAUUUUCUAUGCCUGUCUGCUGCAGCAAGGCCUGAUCAAGCAGCAACAGCAGCAGCAAAAGAAGCAACAGCAGCAGCAAAAGAAGCAACAGCAGCAGCAGAAGGAUCAGCAGCAGCACCUGCUGCUACUGGUGCUGCUGCUGCUGCUGCUGCUGCUGAUGCUGAGACAGCGCAUGCACGAGGUGUCAAUACACCUGGAGGCAGCGGCAGCUCAUUAGCAGCAUUUAAAGUAGCUGUACAUCCUUUGCUGCCUUCCCUCUCUUCUAAACCUGCAGCAAAUGCAGCAACCAGCAGACAAAACAGCAGCAGCAGCAGCAGCAGCAGCAGCAGCGCACUCGAGAUAGCCCUCAACCCACAGCAGCAGCAACAGCAGCAGCAGCAGCCAGGCACCGCAGCGCAAGAGCAGCCUGCUGCACCCCCCAGCAGCAGCAGCAACAACAACAACAACAGCAGCAGCAGCAACAGCAGCUCUGUCGGUGUUUCACAGGAUUAUAUACAUACGCUGCUGCCUCCAGGUGCUUCGAACCCCUACACGAAGCGCUGGCGUCUGUGUCUGUACACCCGAGUGCUGCUGCUGCUGCCCGCCCCGAGCAUGUGGGUUUAUGCUGCAGGCUUUCAUCCUCCUUCCUUCUUACCUUGUCUCUUUAUCAAUAGAGAGACAGGAGAGCUGCAGCAGCAGCUGCUGCCGCGAAGAGGCUUCCUACGAGCCCACUUCAAUGCUCCUCCUGCUGCUGCACCUGCUGCUGCUGCUACUGCUGCUGCUGCACCUCCUACUCCCGCUGCAGCUGCAGCUGCAGCAGCAGCAGCAGCAGCAGCAGCAGCAGCAAUGCCUGCUGCUGUGGGGACUGCGAAGCGAUCUUCAGACAUCUCGCCUUCUUCUCCCUCUUCUGCAGCAGCAGCAGCAGCAGCGAGAGAAGCAGCAGCAGCAGCAGCAGCAGCAGCAGCUCCUCCUGCUUCUUUUGGUUUGUUUCAGUUUUACUUUGAUUGUGAAGCUGUCUUGGGGACUCUGAUUAUAGCAGCAAGAAGGUUUUUAGUUGUUGUUGCCGCAGCAGAACCCGCUGCAGUAAUUCAAGAAGAAGAAAUCUAUCCUCCAGGCUCGCUGCAGGAGCACCUGGAGCAGCAGCAGCAGCAGCAGCAGCAGCAGCAGCAAAAGAAGCAGCAGCAGCAGCAGCAGCAGAGUUCAUCUGGUGUCUCUGGAAGCCCUCAAGAGAUGCCGCUGCAGCAGCUGCUGCAGUUGGGGCCCUCGGAGCAUUCCCGUGACUCCCCUUCAGCAGCAGCAGCAGCAGCAGCAGACCCAUGCCUGGCUCCGCAGCAGCAGCAGCAGCAGCAGCAGCAGGGUGAGGGGUUAAUGCGUGCAAUGAGCUCUGUAGAGGAGACAGAAGAAGAGACUCCGCUAAGCAGCGCCCUUGCGAGAGCUUGGGGCGGGAUGAUGGCUGCUGCUGCUGAUGCUUUAGGUGUACAUACACCUUGGGGCCCAGUAGAAGGAGGAGGAAGCAGCUCGGAGACAGUUGCUGCCUGGGUGCAGCAGCAAGCGCAGCUGCUGCUUGCUUCAGACGACACCAGCAGCAGCAGCAGCAGCAGCAGCAGCAACAGCAACAGCGAAUACCAGUGGGGGACGGCUUCGGAGCACCCCAGCAGCCACAACUCUCCCCCACCCAACAGCAGCAGCAGCAGCAGCAGCAGCAGCAGCAGCAAUAGGGGUCGUCGUGUUGUAGAGUUUAAAAGAGAUGAAGUAGAGGGAGAAGGACGACCCCACAGCCACAGCUGGUCUGCUGCCCCACAUCAGCAGCAGCAGCAGCAGCAGCAGCAGCAGCAGCAGCAGCAGCAGCGGGAGGUGUACGGCGGGUCAAGAACAGCAGCAGGAGCAGCAGGAGCAGGAGCAGCAGCGGCAGCAGCAGGAGGGAGAGGAGGGUAUGGAUGUUCAGAGGGAGAGGUGCAGCGAUAUACAGCAGCACUAGAGAAGCUGCUGUCGUCAGGAUACUACUUUAGCUACGAUGUUGAGCUUACUCGCUGUCUUCAGCAGCAGAGCGCUCUGUCUUUGCCUCGCUGCAAGCAGUCUCUUCCGUCUUUUCCGGACUGUAGCUUCGGGUGUAUAGAUGCUGCAGCAAGAGAUAAAUUGCUGCUGCAGCACUCUACUUGGACAGGCUUCUCUUUUGCUGCUGCAGCAGACACGCACUUCGUGUGGAACGGUGCACUUCUCACCGACUGGAGACGAUCCCAACUCGAUCCCAGGUGGACGGUGGCGAAUUUCGUAGAGAGCG